AUGCGUCUGACGAAGAUCAACGGCCCCUCCUCUCCCUUCCCACCAUCACUUGAGGAGAUCACAUUUCCCAAAGGGCCCGUGGAAUGGAAAUCCAGACACGCGCCGAUUGAAUUGAAAAGAAAUGAACAAACGGUGCAGACCGCUGAUCUCAAUCCACCUUUAGGCGAACCGAGUCCUCUGUCGUCUCCCUUGGGGCCCCUCUCCGAAUCGCCCGAGUCCGAGACGUCGGGCUUUCGAAAGCUUUCCUUGCAGACCGAUCAACCCUUGCGAGGUUCGGUAGACAGUCUCUCCUCGGGAUAUGACCCUCUUCCAAGUCAAGAAGCUGACGAUUUCACCCCAUUUCCCAGUAGAUCCCCGCUAUUCGAGAAUGAUCAUGGACUCGGUCCGUCCGGGCUGGAUCGCAUACGCCAGCAACCAUCACGCGUUCUGACCCUUCCAAACCUGUCGUCCUCCUCUCUUGCUCCCAUGGCCACCACAUCCACCCGUCCUACUCCGUCGAGUCGCUCGAGCUCUUCGUCCCGAGCGCAUACCGGUCACAUGUCGAUGAGCCAGAACUUCGGUGAGCUGGAGGACUUGCAUCGAUUCCCGUUGGAAUCACUGCACUCCUUUUCUUUCGCACAACAAUCGGAGGAGCUGCUGCACAGUCGACAAAAUAUCUUGAAAAGAUCGAUCGACUUUAUGCGUGACCGCAUGGGGUGGGCGGCCAGCAACAACGCCAUCGCGAGUGCACAGGCCAACAUGAGUGGGGAUGCGGAUAUCCAGGGUAUGAUGGAUCUCUUGACUCGGGCCCAUGUUCUGGAUGAGGAUAACGGUGCGCACCCGCGGGGACCCACGACGGGACCUGCAGAUGUCAAUGGAGACAACAUCUUCGACAGGGCAUUUUCAGAUCGUGGUCCGUCCCCCAUUAGUACCCGCGAUGCAUCCCAGGAAUUUUCCGUCCCUCCAGGUUCCCAGGCAACCUCCGAAGGCGUCCAACUCUUGAGUCCGGUGCCUAGUGAACGUAUCCCUCAAUCCCGGAAGGAUCUCUAUUCGGCACCGACAUCCCGGCGCGUAAGCUUAAAACGUACAUACACGGACCUCACCUAUGCAUCACUCAAAAGCAAGCUGAUGGACACUCUAGCGCAACCAUACGCCUCUACGGAUCCCUUCGCCUCCAUGGCGUCCUCUACAGCUGGAUUGGGAUUCCCCUUCCCUUCGGCCUUGCACACCCAUAGCAGCAAAUGGACCCCCGUCUCGCAGGCCGUCUUCCGAACUGAAGCCAAAGCACCAUGGACAAUCCUCGCGGCCAACGAUCUCUCAUGUCUUAUUUUUGGAGUCACCCAAGCCGAGGUCCGGCGGCUCAGUAUUCUAGAGGUCGUACAAACGGAGCAUAGGCAGUGGCUGGAGGCCAAGCUUCGGGACCCUAGUACCGAUGCCGCCGCCCGCACGCCACUUCAGCCGGAGAGGCCCAAUAUCCGUGCAGUGAACCCCAAGUUCCGCGGACUGGGGAAUGGGGUGACGGCCCAGCUGCUCAGUAAACCAUCCUCGCGCGAAAAGUCGCGGAGGGCACAGACCGAUGAUGGGUACGGCUCGAGCACGCGAAACAAUCGCAACCCUAACCAUCCGGCAAACAAGUCUCGGGGCGUUCUCCUGUGUGGUGAUGUUGUGCCAAUUCAGAAGCGGAAUGGUGCCAAAGGUUCUGCAAGCAUCUGGGUGAUGGAGAAGCGCGGUGGUCUGAUCUGGGUGUUAGAAGAAAUCACGGAGAAUAUCGCCUCUGUUCGCUGUGAUGACGCUUGGAACGUGGUUGAGGCAAAGGGUGACCUUGACAAGAUCUGGGGUUCACAUGUAGUUCGCACGGGUCAGCCGAUAACCGAACUUUUACCUCGUUUGCCGUCCGAGUCGCUCGAGACUUCCCCCGAGAAGGGACUAGACAGGAUUGUCGCGUUGAAGCAUUUUGCGGCCCGCACCGCAGCUGGGGUGUGCAUUCCGGUGACUAUCGGAAGGGUGGACGAAGGUCGAACCUUGCAAGUGUCAAGUUUCCCCCACGUUGCAGGCAUGAUGGUGCUGUCUUCCUCUACGCUGAAGGUGAUCAGCUCAAACUCUGUAUUUUCUUCAGCCCUGUUCGGCCAAGAACGGCCUGAAGGCUGCCACAUCACGAAACUGGUGCCUGGAUUCGACGAGAUCUUGGAUGUGUUGACCGAGGAGGACAAUGUACCGCUGGUGGAUGGUAUUGUAAUUCCUGAACACAGUUUCCGCCGCGCUCGAACACUCUCCAUUCUUCGUGACGGCAAAGCAAACGCAGCAUCUGUUUUCACCGAACCCAGUGGUUUGCUUGCCAAACAUCGGGACGGCUCCACUAUUGUUGUUGACGUGCAGUUGCGCGUGGUGAAGAGUGGCACCUUUUUCUCCAAAGAACAAGUGGAGAGGCUUGAGGAGCGCUCAAGUGACUCGGAAGAUAGCGAAGACACAAUCGCUGUGACUGAACUUGUUUACGCGUUGUGGAUCACCUACUCGCGACAAAUCCACGCUGCCGGACCUGCAGCCCAUCUCUCACCUUCAAUGUUGCCCACCUCCAACCCCACCUCCCCCUCAUCCGGAGCAACUCCCAGCUCCGAAAAUCCCUCUACCGCUGCCACCAGCAGGGAAACUCCCGAUGUCAGCAAGAGUUCCGUGGAAAUUCAAAAGCCGAGCUCCACACUGAGCCAACAGCUCAGUGAGGCCGCCUCAGAGCCCUUGACCGAUCGACCUGUGCAGCCGGUUGCCGAAGUGAAGGCGGCUGGCACCAAGGAAAUGCCACAGAAACGGACGAUUAACGACUACGUGAUCCUAGAAGAGAUGGGACAGGGUGCUUACGGACAGGUCAAGCUGGCACGGCUGAAGAAGCAGCCGACCAAGAAGAUGGUUCUGAAGUACGUCACCAAGAAGCGAAUCCUAGUGGAUACGUGGACUCGCGAUCGACGACUUGGCACUGUGCCCCUGGAGAUUCACGUUUUGGACUUCCUGCGCCGCGAUGGAUACAAGCAUCCCAACAUUGUUGAGAUGGAAGGUUUCUUUGAAGAUGACAUCAACUACUACAUCGAGAUGAUCCCUCACGGGCUUCCUGGCAUGGACCUGUUCGACUACAUCGAACUCAAGGCCAACAUGGACGAGUCGGAGUGUCGGAAUAUCUUCAAGCAGGUUGUCAGUGCUAUCCAUCAUCUGCACACCAAGGCACUGGUCGUGCAUCGUGAUAUCAAGGACGAGAAUGUAGUGCUGGACGGGGAAGGCCGGAUCAAGCUGAUCGACUUUGGUAGUGCGGCCUACAUCAAGAAUGGGCCGUUUGAUGUCUUUGUUGGAACUAUUGGUAAGACUUUCUCAGGAUUCUUGGGGAUGGUUUGGAUGCUGACCGCGAUCGUGCUAUCUCUAGAUUACGCUGCCCCCGAAGUCCUCCAGGGCAAGUCCUACCGCGGCAAGGAGCAGGACAUCUGGGCCCUGGGCAUCCUCCUUUACACCAUUGUCUACAAGGAGAACCCGUUCUACAACGUCGACGAAAUCCUCGACCACCCCCUUCGCAUCCCCUUCCUUCCCUUCUCGGAAGCCUGUAUCGAUCUGGUCCGCAAGAUGCUGGAUCGUGAUGUCGACAACCGUUUGACUAUCACUGAAGUCCUCGAACACCCCUGGAUGACCGAGAGUGACUGA